AUGCAGUCUAUGCCAGAAUCACGCCAGCAGACCUUUGAGGAGAUCUAUGGGCCUCCAGAGAAUUUCCUAGAGAUCGAGGUCAAGAACCCACAGACCCAUGGCUCAUCCCCACGAAAUAUGUACACCUCAUACGAAAUUCACACGCGCACCAACAUCCCCGCCUUCAAGCUGCGGCACAGCGUGGUGCGCCGACGCUAUAGUGAUUUCGAGUACUUUCGCGACAUCUUAGAGCGAGAAUCUGCCCGCGUGACGAUUCCCCCGCUACCAGGGAAGGUAUUUACGAACCGAUUCUCGGACGAUGUCAUCGAGCACAGACGUGAAGGUCUGCAACGGUUUUUGCAGAUCGUGGUCGGACACCCGCUGUUGCAGACGGGGAGCAAGGUAUUGGGACCUUUUGUGCAAGGUGACUCACCAUCUAGAGGACGGCAAGCAGAGAGGCCGCAGUAA